AUGGAUUAUUUGAUUAGGAAUAAUGAAUAUUGUAAUAUUUUAUAUGAUGAAAAUGAAUUAUUAAGGAAAAGAAAAAUAAAUUAUGAAGGUGGGAAUUAUCCUUAUAAAAUUAAUUAUUGGAAUAAUUAUAAUAAUGAAAUAAAUAUCAGUGAUGAUGAUAUGAAUAGGGAAAAAAUAAAUAAUAAAUUUGAUAAUACUUAUUAUAAUAUUAAUAAUAAUAUCUGUUAUUUUCCUUGUAAAGGGGACAUAGACGAACCUAGAUUGUGUUAUAAAAAAAGAAAUACUUACAAUGAAAAUAUUAAGGAUAACUUAGAAUAUGAUAAGAAUGUAAAUAAUCAUGACUAUGAUAACAUUAAAGAUAUAUCAUACAAUUUUAUGAAGAAUGAGUGUGAUAAGAUGAAAAAAUGUGGAGUAAGUAGUGAGGAGAACAAUGAUAAUGAUAAUAAUAAUAAUAAUGAGAGUAAUAAUAAUAAUAAUAAUAAUAAUGAGGGUAAUAAUAAUAAUAAUGAGGGUAAUAAUAAUAAUAAUGAGAGUAAUAAUAAUAAUAAUGAGAGUAAUAAUAAUAAUGAGAAUAAUAAUAACAGCAAUAAUGACAACAAUAAUAAUAACAACAAUAAUAAUAACAGCAAUAAUAACAACAAUAAUAAUAACAACAAUAAUAAUAACAACAAUAACAACAACAAUAAUAACAACAACAAUAACAACAACAAUAAUAACAACAAUAAUAACAACAAUAAUAACAACAACAAUAAUAACAACAACAAUAAUAACAACAAUAAUAAUAACAAUAAUAAUGAUAAAAAUGAAGAUGAUGAAAAUACUACUGGGAAAGGGAAAAAAACAGAAGUCAAAAAACGUGCAGGCAGAAAAAGAAAUGAUUCCACUUUGUAUGGCAAUAGUAAUACAAUGUUAAAAAAUAGCUUUUUACAAAAUAAUAAAAUGAUAUAUAAUAAUAUGGAUCAUAUAAAUGAUACAAAUGAACAAGAUAAAUUUUUAUUUGAACAAAGAAAAAUGAUGAUGAAUAAUAAAAUGGAAAAUAUGGGCCCCAAUAUGAAUAUGACAAAUAAAAAUUAUUUUCAAAGUGUAAAUAACAUGAAAUUGAAUGUAGAAAAUAAUAAAAAUCUUAUAGGUUUAAAUACAAAUAAUAUAAAUAAUUAUCCAAAUAAUAUUAAUAGUAAUAUGAAUAUACCAAAAAAUAUAAACCUUCAUUCAAACAAACAAAUGAUGUUUAUGAAUAAUAAUAUGAAUGUACAUGCAAAAACAAAUAAAUUAAAUGAUGUGGCUAGAGUGAAUAGUAUAAAUUUUAAUGAAGAAAAUAAAAUGCCUGUUAUAAAUGAUGAUACGCGAAUGGAUAAUAAAAUGAGGGAUAUGAUGAAAAGUGGUGGAAUGGAUAUACAUUUAAAAAAUGAAGAAUCCUUAUAUAUAAAUAAUAUGUAUAAUAUGAAUAGUAAUAAUCCAAAUACUAUACCUAGAAUGAGUACAAUGAAUAUUGGAAAACCUAUGAAUAAUUUUAAUAAUAUGAAUAUGCCUAUAAAUAAUAUAAAUGCUUAUAACAAUCACAUGAUUAAUUCGUAUAAUAAUAUGAUGAUUACAAAUAAUAUGAACAAUAUAAAUACCAUAAAUCAUAUGAACAAUAAUAAUAAUAAUAAUAGUAAUAGUAAUUUUGGGCAACAUGUUCAGGCACUACAAUUUAUGAAUCCUAAUAUGAAUAACGACAUGAAUAAUAAUAUGAAUAAUAAUAUGAAUAAUAAUAUGAAUAAUAAUAUGAAUAAUAAUAUGAAUAAUAAUAUGAAUAAUAAUAUGAAUAAUAAUAUGAAUAAUAAUAUGAACAAUAAUAUUAAUAAUAAUAUUAAUAAUAAUAAUAAUAAUAAUAAUAUCCUUUUAAAUAAUAACCAGAGUAAUACACAUGUUCAUAUGAAUAACAACAUGAAUUUAAAUCCCUCUGGAAAUAAUUCAUUUUUUAAUAAUUCAAAUAAACAUCUCAAUAUGAUGACCAUGAACUCAAAAAAUAAAAAAAACGCUAUAUUAAAGAAUGCGGGUAAUAAUGAAUUUGAAAAUAUAAAAAGAGUUCAUUCAAACUGCUCUAAUAGUAAUAAAAAAUCAAUUAAAAUGAGUAGCAAUGAAAAUAAUAAUACAACAACAACUGUUAUAAAAAAUAUAAGAGUUGAAAAUAUAAAAUUUAGUGAAAGUAUUAAUUUGAAAAAUGUAGAUGGCUUAGAUCUAAGUACGAAUUUUAUUAAUGGGAAAUAUAUAUCCAAAUUAAAUAAUGAUGAGAAAAUAUAUAAUGUAGUACAUUCUAUUGUUAAAGAUUCUCUCAAGGAUUGUUUAGUUGAUUUUUAUAAUAAUGCAAAUUAUAUUUUUAAAGAUAAAUUAGAUUUUGUAUGUAAUAGUAAUACACCCACAUGUAAUAAUAUAAAUGAUUUAGAGGACAAGAAAAAGGAUCAGGAGGAUGGGGAUAAACAAAAUUAUUCACUUGAAAAGAAAGAUAAUGAAGAACAUGCAAAUAAUAAUUCUGAUAAUAAACUUGAUGGUUUUGAAUUAGGCAUAAAUAAGACACCAGAAAAUAAGGAAGAUCAAAAUGGAAAUGACAAAAUAAUAAAUGAUAAUAUAAUAAAUGAUGAUAUAAAUGAUGAUAAUAAAACUAAUACACCCAAACCAAGAACACCUAAAAAUGAAGUUAAAAAUGUUAUAACCUCUUCCUUAUUGUCAGGCUUUAAUAUAUUUAGUGCCUUUAGUAAUAGUAAUACACCUAACUCGAAAAAAAAAAAAUAUGAUGAAGAGGAAGAAAAGGAAGAAAAGGAAAAAAAAGAAAAAUUAGAACAAAAAGAAGAAGAAGAAGAAGAAGAAGAAAAUAAAAAAUGUAAAGAUAAAAGUGAUGAGGAUGAAAAUAAGUCUCCUCAAAAUGAAGAUAAUAAAAAUAUUAUCAAUAAUAAUAAUGAAAAUAAUGUUUUAGACAAACAAAAUAAUGUACAGGAAUCUAUAGUUAAGUUAGAAAAUAUUGAUACAGAUAGUAAUAUUAAGAGAGAUGUAUUAAAUAAUAAUAAUAUAGAAGAUAAUGAAGAAGAUAGAGAAUAUAUUUUAGUAGAAAUUACAAAAAGUAUAUGUUCAAUAAUAAAUCUACAACAAUUAAUGCCUGUUAAUACAAGGUUAGCUAACCCUAAUCUGAUAUAUGAUCCAAAUUAUGAAACCAUAUAUUCUAAAUGGAAAACAUUUUUAAGAAAAGAGCAAUCAAGUGGAAAUUUAAUUAGUAAUUGUUUUUCAAGAGAUUUCUUACAUACUGUUUUGUUAUGUAAUUAUGUUACUAUAAUUGAGGAUUUAAGAAAAACAGCUGUUAAGAAAAAGUUGAAAUAUUUCUUCUUACACUUAUGUUUGGAAUCUGGAAUAUCGAUUAACGUAGCAUUGAUGUUGUUUAUAAAUGCAACUAAGCAGAGUGAUAAGUUACAGUCUUUACUACCUUCCGAAACUGGAUUAGGAUAUUUACACAGAGAUGCAGGUGGAGCAAAAGAAGAGAAUAUGGGUAUUAUAACAUUUGAAUGUAUAACGAACGAUAGGGAACCAGAUCAUUUAAUAAAAUUAAUAACUUUGAAAAAUAUUUUUUCAAGACAGUUACCAAAAAUGCCAAGAGAAUAUAUAGUACGGCUUGUAUUUGAUAGGAAUCAUUAUACCUUUUGUUUAUUAAAAAAAAAUACAGUUAUAGGUGGAGUAUGUUUCAGGCCAUAUUUUGAACAAAAAUUUGCGGAAAUUGCAUUUUUAGCUGUUACUUCAACAGAGCAGGUUAAAGGAUAUGGUACAAGAUUAAUGAAUCAUUUAAAGGAGCAUGUAAAGAAGUUUGGUAUUGAAUAUUUCUUAACCUAUGCAGAUAACUUUGCCAUAGGAUAUUUUAGAAAACAAGGAUUUUCACAAAAAAUUUCCAUGCCAAAAGAAAGAUGGUUUGGAUAUAUUAAAGAUUAUGAUGGUGGUACAUUAAUGGAAUGUUAUAUUUUUCCAAACAUCAAUUAUUUGAGACUUUCAGAAAUGUUAUAUGAACAAAAAAAAACAGUAAAGAAAGCUAUACAUUUUAUAAAACCUCAAGUUAUAUAUAAAGGUAUUAAUUAUUUUGCUGAUAAUAAAGGAGCUGCUUUACAUCCAAGUUCUAUUCCUGGAUUAUUAGAAGUUGGAUGGAAAAAAGAAACAAGGGAAAUAACUAAAAAGGUUCAACAUAAAGAAGUUCAAUUGAAAGAUCAAAUCCUAGCUGUUCUUGAUCAUCUAGAAAAACAACAAUCCGCAUGGCCAUUUCUUAAGCCAGUUAGUCUUUCGGAAGCUCCGGAUUAUUAUGAUAUUAUAAAAGAACCAACAGAUAUUUUGACCAUGAGAAGAAAGGCCAGACAUGGUGAUUAUAAAACCAAGGAAGAUUUUGGUAUUGAGCUUAAGAGAAUGUUUGAUAAUUGUCGUUUGUAUAAUGCUCCAACAACUAUUUAUUUCAAAUAUGCAAAUGAACUACAAACACUUAUAUGGCCUAAAUAUGAAGCCAUAACUGAUACAGCAAAAUAA